AUGGCUUCUCCGCAGCCGCGCGGUUCCUCUACCGCAGCUUCUUCAUUCUCCGGCGAGCCGGCGCCGUCCUGCGCGGAUCGCGUCGCCGUCAACCCCUCCUCCCGCGUCGCCAAGGACAGCAAGCGGCGCCGCCGCCACGGAGGUGACGACGACGACUCCCUCGCGCGCAAGAAGCAGGCGGUUCCGCGCGUCGCUUCUGCGGUCGCGCACCUCUCCUGCGCCAGGAUCAGGCCGUUCGUGCACGCCUCGCGCCCGAAGCAACACACCCCGGUCAGUGACGCGCAAGCCGCAAUCACGAAGCAAAACACCGUCGAGGGCAUAUCUUGCUCCAAGAAGAUCGAGCCGGCGGUGCCGGCCUUGCAGCCGAGAGUGGCGGUGCAGCCGUCCGGCCUCAUGGUCAAGGAUAAGCUGAAGGUCCCCUGCGCCGGCGUCGUCCGCAACGACGGCGUGAUCAAGACGAAGCAUGAGGCAGGCAAGCGGGUCCAAUCGACUUCGACGACCAGCAUCCCGCCGCUCUCUCGCCCGGCGUCGGUGAUGAAGGUCCGCAGCGCCGGCGUGGUCAAGACGAAGCAACUGCCAGGCAAGCGAGUCCAAGCGACUUCCACGACCAGCAUCCCGCCGCUCUCUCGCUCGGCGUCGGCGAUGAAGGUCCGAAGCGCCGGCGUCGUCCGCAAGGAGGCGCCUAGCCUGAUCAAGACGAAGGAGGCCAACUUGAGCGUCCAAGCAACUGCCGCGAGGAGCAUCCCGCAUCCGGCGCCCGCGGCGAACCAUCUGGAUCCUCACGCCGCGCAGGACGCGCUGCGCGCGGCCCUUGCCGCCGCUCAUCAAGCUCGGGAGAGGCGGCAGCAGAACGUGUACCGGGAACAGAGAGAGCAGGCUCGGCGAGAGAUGGACAAGGUGGUGCAGACUGUCUUCUUCAACGACCCCUCCCUCACUCUCGACAACACCAUCAAAACCCUGAUGGCUUCGUCUUCGUCCUGA